AUGGCAUUCGAAAAUUUCGGUUUUAACUCAAUACCGUCCUUGCUUGAAACUAUUCAGCAACGCAUUGUUGAAAUUGAUGCGAAAAACGAAGAGCUUGAAGAAAAGAUAUCGGAGUUUGAGCAACGCGCCAGAAUGGAUGUACCGAAUAACCAAGAAACACCGGAAAACAUGCAGCAAAAUCAGUCGGAUGGUAGUGAUUCGGAUGAAGAAAUUGAAGAAUUCCUGCGUGAGUUGUACGCAUUUAACGGCGAAGCGCAGGCGAACGGAUUAGCACCAGCGGAUGCAACGAACGCAGCGGAUGCAACGAAUGCAGCGGAUGCACAAAAUCAUCAUGAGAACUUGACAACAGUAGUGCACACUGGAACUCAAUGUCACCGAAUUCGAAAUGGAUGUCCUCUAGCGAACGCUAUUUUUGACGAUGAAAGAUAA